AAAACGCCCUCGCCAUCACCCUAGAAGCGGAUGUAUUUGUUCGGAUAUAUUGAUUAAUUGUCCCUGGCACAAAUCUAGGUCAAAGGAAAAAUUAGGAUCGCGGUUUCCUCAAGUGCGUAGUACAUGACGGUCACACGAUGGGGCCUCUCCAAAAAUGGUGCCGGAAAAUGCACCGGCUAAUCAAUACGCCUACCCUUCCCGAUCGGUUGCGUAUCGCCCACAACGCGCCCGGUAAUCGAAACUCAUAAACGCGAGGCGUUGCGAAUUAUGCUGGUGGAGCAUGACAAUACAUAAAACCAGUCCCCACUUCCACCCCCCAGAAUAGAUGGGUGGCCUCAAGAAGUUCCCCCUAUAUUCAGAUCGGUUCGUUCCCGGGGAGGAAAGAAAAAACAAAAAAGAAACCACCUGCCGCGAUGGUGCCGGCACACUUUCGUUUAUGCUGCGCAUGCUUCACAAUCCGGAGAAGCAUAACACCGAAGCGGACCUCGAUGAUGUGGAUGGAACAAACAAACAAAAAAAACAAAAAGGCAACCCCUAACGCCACCACCCAAGACAAGAUCACGCGACCCGAAGGGAAGGUGUGCCAGCAACGGCAGCAAAACGAAAAAAGAAAGAAAAAAGGCGGGAGUUCGGCCGGGUCUGUGGCUCUUCUUCCCGCCCAAGCCGCCGGUGGAGCAUUCUUUUGUCCGUUCUCGGGUUGGGGGAUUGCGAUUUAUAAAAGAUGAUCACCUGGGCGCGAAACGAGUUAGUUCGUUGGGAAACGUGUUUCGCGAAGCGUCCGGUCUUGAGGUUUUUUCGGUGCGCAGGACGACGACGGCUUUUGCGAUGUGAAGCGCGUCGCGAUUGAUGAAUCGCCUCGAGAACACACGCGUUUUGUUUCGCUGAUAUCGAGCGAGUGGAUUAAUAUCCGUGGCCAUUGGAAGCAUCGCAAAGCCUAGAGAGGGUCAUUGAUCUCGCGCUUGGGUUAACGGAAAGCAAAUAACGAACGCACACGGAAAAAGGGUCCGGAUCGGGAUGGCCGCGCUGAGUGCGAUCGUGACGGCGAUGGUGGUGAUGAUGAUCGUGACGUACCAGAGCCCGGUUGGGGCACAGUUCUAUAGCUUGAGCUUCGGUACGGAGGAAAGCUUCGGUCCGGCGGUGAAUCAGCAACCGGAUCAGGCUGGUGUGGUGCAGCAGGACACGCGCCACCAGAAGGUGACACCACUGGAGGCGAUGAUCGACAGGACGAAUCAUCUGGGCUUUCGUGUGUUGCAUCAGCAUUCGAAAGGUAACCGGAACAACAUCGCCUUCUCGCCGUGUUCCUUGGCGAGCAUUCUGGUGGCGUUGUACGAGGGUGCAGCUGGUCGGAGUGCGGGUGAGCUGCAUGAACAGCUGGUUGCACCGUACGAUAAGGAUGUGUUGCGGGUGGGCUACCGUGACAUUCACCGGAGGUUGCGCAGUUACUUCUACCAGAAGGAGAACCUGCUGAAUGGGUUGAGUUUGAGCAGCGAAAACAUCACCAUCAGACCGGAGUAUGAAUCGGUGCUCAAGUUUUACGGGUACGAUCUCGAGAACAUCCCGGAGAUGCGGAUGCAUACUUCCACCGUUACGCCGGUCCCAACCACGAUGACCACGAUGGAGAUGGACUCGCAGGAAACGACAAGUGAUCUGCCGACCACACCAGACGAUCCUAGCAGCACCACGGAAGCGGUGGAAUCCUUGACGACCACGGCGACACCGACUUCAGACGAUCCUUCCAGUACCGAGAGUGUCGAUGAGGUGACGACGACCGAACCGACGAUCAGCACCACGGUGGUGGCAUCUUCCGAAGCAACACCAACGGACGAACCUUCGACGGAUGGCGAAGUGACGGAAGAAACGGUCACCGAAACGACUGCACCAGUCGAUGGCGAUGAGACGGUAGCACCGACGGAAGAAACUGGUGGAGAAAAGCGUCGACGUAACCUCCGUAAACGUGGCCAACGUUUGCUCCAGCGACGGCAACAUCCAGCAUCAUCAUCCUCAUCUCAGCGCCGACGAUCCUUGCGCUCCAAACGCCAACCGGACGAAAUCGACAUCGUCAGCCACCAGCGUUUUCUGCAGAAUUUCCUGCUGCAGGACGUGACGACCGGUGCACCGCCACUCUUCUCCGUCUCAGGCCCAUCGGUGUCCUUCCCGGCAGCCGGUUCGAACCGUGCCAAUCCGUUCCUACAGCAACCGGACGCGUACCGCCUGCUGGACGACACGAUCGAGCACAACUUUUAUCUCUCCGAGACGGACACGGUGAAGGUACCGUACAAGGUGUACAACACGAUCCUGCAGUACGCGUACGUCGAGCGGCUGCAGUCAACCGUCAUCGAGCUGGAGUUGGAUUCCGAGGACUACAAGCUGCUGAUCGUGCUGCCGGACUACGAGUUUGGGCUCGGGAACGUGCUGAAGCUGCUGCAGAUCGGUGAAAACGUGCCGAGCCUGCGCGACGUCACCGAACAGAUGAGCCCGACCUGGGUGAAGACGAUCGUUCCGAAGUUUAACCUCAAAGGAAACAUCAUCCUGACGAGUGAUCUCCAAAAUCUUGGUAUCAACGACAUCUUCGAGCCGUCGCGGGCGGACUUUUCGCUCAUGACCGACGACCCGAUGAUCUACGCGAAGCACAUCGAACAAUCGAUCAACGUGAACAUCCGGACGCACUCGCUGCAGCAGCUCAAGCGGUUCACGUCGCUGUACAAGAACCCGGUCGAGAUGGCCGUUAACUAUCCGUUUCUGUUCUGCAUCUUGGACAAAGAGCUCGACCUGGCGCUGAUGGUCGGCCGGAUACUCAACCCACUAAACGCACGCAUUCACUAGCGCCUGGUGGGGCUUCCGGAUGAGGGCUAGCUACCACCAGCCACAGCACCAUAGCCGUCCACGAAUGGCUGUUCGCCGUUAUCUCUUUCAGCAAUAAACCACAAGCCAAAAGGGCGUAAAACACGGUGUGCGUUCUUGAAUCCUUGAACUGAAACUGAACGAACGCUGCUACAAACAGGGUGUUUCUCAUCACGCAAGUGACUUUUAUCCUUAACGCAAUGGCUGUCGGGCUCCUGCACGUGGUGUAUAUUUUAUCUAAUAAACUCUAGCGUAGUGCCU